UGAUUGUGCCCGCAAAAAGGGUUGUGACGUACACUAAUUAGGCGGAACAACAAAUUUGCAAGAAACAACGAAUUUGAAUUUAUGAACAUUGCGUUUUAACUUUAUUUUCUGCUCUGAAAGUCGAAGAAAAACACAAAUAAAAAAUGUAAGUAUCUUCCUUGAUGUUAUGGUUUUCAUUUGACUUCUUAAAAGUUUAUGAACUGCUGUCGAUUGCCAUGGACAAUGUAGGAUUAAUAGCUAUAAAUAAUGGUGACUUGGCACAAGUUAUAUUAUACUCAAUAGAUGGUUUUAGAGUAGAUUCUUCAACGAUUUUGCUUGUUAUAAAUUAUAGGUCGACGGAUAGACUAAAGCAGACACAACGGCAAGUCGAUGAGGUUGGUGAAGCUCGAUUAAUUUCGUAAAAACGAAAUAUUAGAGUAAUAUAUAUAUGUUAGACAAGUCAGAGCUUGAAUAUACAUCUGUAUAUAAUUAUCGGUUUGAAAUUGUAUAUAGAAGUCAUCAAUACAAUUUGAAAUUGUGGAAUACAACCAAUUUCUGAUUUUCACAUAUCCAAGUGCACUUCCCAAAUAUUUUAAAAAGCUAAAUAGCUGGGAGACAUCCAUUAUUUAUUAUUUAUGCUCAUUAUUUCAAAAACAAUAGUAAACAAUAUCAUAUGAUGACACUCACUAUGAUAUGUAAUAGCAUAUUGUCAUAUUUUUAAUUUAACCACCAGUUUCAAUUUGGUUUUCAGUUUUCAAAUUGCAAUUUUUGUCUAAUAAGUCAUUCCAGAAAACAUCCAUACCAACCCUAUACCCCCUUUGGAUUGACCCCCCUAUACCCCCUUUGGAUGUUCUAAUACACUUUUUGAUUUUGAAACAAUCUUUCUCCCCUUCCCCUCCAGCAGAAACUACCUCUGUGGGGGAGCGCGGAUUUUUUUCUACUAAAGCGACACACAGCAAUGUGUUGUAUUCGAGAGGUGCAUAAGCACUAAGCUUGCCUGUACAGUACUUUGAUUGACAUCAACAACAUUGUUGCUGACAUCAGCAACAUUGUUGCUGAUUGAUAGCUAGGCUACUCUGAUUAAAUAAAGGUGUCAUCUAUCCGUUCAUUCAACAAUAUCCAAUAUCCAAAUGUUUAAUUAACCAAUAGGAAUUUCUUUUGGAAAUUGCCCCAAAUUCCAAUUGGAAUCCAUUGAAUUUCAACAGAAGAAUCAUUCCAAUAGAAGGGGCACAGGCCCACAGAAGAUGCAGAGAUUGUAUGACAAUAGAGGACUUUAUCAGGGUGCAUUGCCACUUAAAGGGUUAAAUAAGUAUUGACAAUUCUACAAAAAUUCUAAAACUCUACAAAAACUAUUUGUUUACUAUAUAAUAUAUAAAAUCCAAAUGUUUAUAUGGAGCAUUGAUUUUCUUCCCAUUCCUGACCCUUCUCAUACCUAAAUCAGUCAUAUUGUUGGUGUUAGAGGAAAACACCAAAUACAGCAGCUGUUAAUGGUAUUCUUUUGUUGGUGUUCUUCCAAUGAUGCAACAAACCAAGAAUUGAAGAUAUAUCUGUUCAUUUGCAUGUUAGGUUGUCGAUAUUAUGAAAGUUAAUGUUGAUAAGGUAUUAGAAAGAGAUGCUAAACUUUCUGAACUUGAUGACAGAGCAGGUAGGCAAGUUCUUUCUUUUCAUUAACCAAUUGAGCUUCUGCGCUCUCCCCUUGACAAGUAAAAUUGUCUGGUAUUAGACUGAGUUAAAUAAUAAAGUUGGGCACAUUAGGGUGAAAUGCAACUCAAUAGGUUAAUUAUUAUGUUUUUGGUGGUGGUAUAAAUGGUUGUUUAACCCUCCGCCAAAAGUUUUUUUUCCAUCUGUGUAUUUAUGUGUGUUUGUGUGUUUGUUUGUCAGUAUGAUAAAUCAAAACCUACAACACAUAAGUAUAUAAUUAUUAUGCAUGAUACAAAAUGCAGUCUUUGAGGGCCCUCUUGUUGUUUUUUCAAUAAUGUUUGUGUGUGUUGUUGUUGAUGUUCCUGUUGUUCCCAGUGCCGCUACUGUCACCGAUUGUUGUUUUGGUACAUUUUACAGAUCAGCUACAAGCAGGUGCAGCACAGUUUGAUACAAAUGCUCACAGACUUAAAAGAAAAAUGUGGUGGCAGAAUUGUAAGGUAAUGAAUCCAAGAUGUUGUUGUUGAAAGUGCCACAUAUUGGCAUCUAUCAAAAAAGAGAAGAAUGUCCAAUUGUUGCAUCUGUAACUUAAUUUUGUGUUUAAUUGUAGAUGUGGAUCAUUCUAAUUGUGGUGAUUGUUGUUAUAAUUGCUGUCAUUGCAAGUAAGUAGAUUGAUUGCUAUGGAUUUAUAAUAAGAUUCAAUGUGCAAAACUACUUAACCCUGUAAGUGGCAUGCCCCCUGAUGUGACCUACUUUAGUAUUUUACUCUGUCUAACGUUUGCCAUCUGGAUGAUUUUACUCGUCAAGUGGAGAGUGCUGCCACUCAAUGGGUUAAUUAACUGUGAUUAAUCCAUUAAGUUGCAUGUUGCCCCCAAUACACCCUACUCUUUUUUUCUUUUAUUCUGUCCAACUCCCGAUGAUUUUACUUGUGAAGAGGGGAGUGCUGGCACUCGAUGGGUUAACCUACAGUAUUACGCUGCAAUGUGUAAUAACUCAGUCUAUUGGAAGACAAUUUUAAUUAUUAGGGGAGACUGAAGUAUAAGACCAAAAAAAAAAUAUGUGGGUUUCCGGUUUCCCAACCCUACCUAGCUUUUGGACGUCGAAAUCCCGACCCUAAACUUUUUUAUUGGAUCAUGCUUUCUAAGUUUCCACUUAGAGGAAAAAGUUUGUGGAAAAUUGAAAUUUGAGGCAAUAUUAGGGAAAUUUAUCUUUGGAUGUGGAAGCACUAACUAAACAAAUUGGCGUCCGCUUGUUCGGAAAAUUAAAAAAAAAGUUUAAAAAAAAAAGUUAAAACCGACCUACCCUACCUAAGUUUUUAUAAGAAGAAACCGGAAACCCACAUAUUUUUUUUUGGCCUAAUGGACUGGUAUAUACUGCAAGUAAAGUUAUAUUGUGAUAAAUUAAUUAUGUAUUGUUUCUUUUUAGUUUGGGUUGCUGCCACACAGUCAAACUAACAUCCUUAGAUGUUUUCACUUCAAACUUUAAUUCAGCUCUGGUAGCAAUUACACUGAUGUGAAAAUUAAUAUGCUGUUCGCAUGUACUUAGCUUUGAUGAAUAUUUAUUAUUUCAUAGCAUCACAUAUUAGUGGCAUUGCAGUGAUAUCAAUGAUAAUUUUAAAACUGUGGAACAUUGUUUCAUACAUGUUUUGAAAUUGAGUCAAACACAGUUGUACUUUGCCAUACAUACUAGUAUGUUAAUUGGAAACAUUGUAAUUGACUCCGAGCUGUAAAAACAUGUGGAAGAUAAUUUCUGCACUUUCUUUAUACUAGAAACAUUUAUUAUAUUUUUGAUUAUGUGUAUAAAUACUACAAGUACAAGUCUAAAUAAAAGAACAAUGUCAAUGGAU